AUGACUAUAGUUAAGGAACCUCUGCGCUGCAAGUUAACAAUAGACAACACCACUAUAGACCAAAUCAUGUAUUUAGAAUACUUAGGAUGCAAAAUAACAAGCACAGGAUUCCUUGAAGAUGAAGUUAGGCGACAAGUGAACAAAGCAGCUACAGUAUCGGUAACACAGAGGAAACUAAGAACAACAGAAAUGAAAACGCUAAGGACUAUAAUGGGUUACACACUGAAUGACAGACAAAGAAAUACCGACAUAAGGGAAAAAUGCGAAACAGACGACAUUGUCAGAUGGGUGAGAAAAAGAAGAAGAGAAUGGAACCAGCAUGUCAACAGAAUGACCACAGAUAGAAUAGCAAAAAUCGUACGUAACAACAUCCCACACGGAAGAAGACCUGUUGGACGACCACCAAAACAAUGGCGGGACAGUUGGCAAUCAACCUCACAGGAACUACUGAAGAAAAACCGGAACUGA